AUGGACAUGCGGGCCCUCAACUUGAAGGCCGCCGGGCCCUCCUUCCUCGCGCCGCGGCCGAGGCGCCACCCGCCGGCGACCUGGGCGCCCCUCCCCGCCGGGGAGAUCGGGAGGAGGCGGCAGCCGGCGCGGUGGCCCAAGCUGGCGGUGAGCGCGUCGGGGAAGAAGAGCAGGAGCGGCCGCGACGGGGACGACCCCAAGAGCAAGCCCUCCUCUUCCGGAAAGGGUGAUGCAUCUACUCCCAUUGGAGAUGAUGAUGCCGAUGCAGUAAGCCAAAAUCACGGGGAACUGAAAUCCAGUGACACGAUGUAUGUACCAAGCAACCUGUCAUAUUGGCGAGAUGUGAGAGCAAGCUUUGUGAUUCCAAAGUCGGAGCAAGCAGUCGAUGUAAAUACACUACCACAGACAUCAUUCGAUGGACCAGUACACUGUCUUCCUCGGAAAUGGGCCCAUUCUAUUUCUGCACCAGAGUCUGGCUGUGUGCUGGUCGCCACGGAAGAGCUUGACGGGAACGGUACCUUCGAAAGAACCGUCAUCCUCCUCCUCAAACUAGGUUCAAGAGACGCCUACGACGGCCCAUUCGGCGUCAUCCUGAACCGGCCACUCUACACGAAGAUGAAACACGUGAACCCAUCCUUCCGCGACCAAGCGACGCCUUUCGGCGACUGCUCCCUCUUCUUCGGAGGCCCCGUCGACAUGAGCAUAUUCCUGAUGAGGACCAACGAGGGCAGGCCCAUCAAGGGGUUCGAGGAGGUGGCCCCGGGCGUCUGCUUCGGUUUCAGAACCGACCUGCAGAAGGUCGGUCACCUGAUGAAGAACGACGCGCUCAACCCCGAGGACCUCAAGUUCUACGUCGGGUACUCCGCCUGGGACCACGAUCAGCUGCUGAGCGAGAUCGACGCGGGGUACUGGGUUGUCACCUCCUGCAGCUCGGGCCUGAUCACCGACGCGGUGACGACGGACCCUUCGUGCCUUUGGAGCGAGGUGCUGCAGCUGAUGGGAGGCCAGUACGCGGAGCUGAGCCAGAAACCGAAGGAAGAUGGCGCGUGA